AUGAAUACUACUACUGGUGAACUUUUGGCAGUCAAGCAAGUCGAAGUCAAUCCCAAGACAUCGAACGCAGAUCCACAAAAGAUCCGCGAGAUGGUCAAGGCAUUGGAUUCUGAGAUUGACACCAUGCAACACUUGGAUCACAUGAACAUCGUCCAGUACCUUGGAUGCGAACGCAAAGAAUACUCAAUCAGUAUCUUCCUCGAGUAUAUUUCUGGUGGCAGCAUCGGUAGUUGUUUACGCAAGCACGGCAAGUUCGAAGAACCUGUUGUCAGCAGUUUGACCAGACAAACACUUUUGGGUCUAGCAUACCUGCAUCGUGAAGGUAUUUUGCAUCGCGAUCUGAAAGCCGACAAUAUCCUACUCGACCUUGACGGUACCUGCAAAAUCUCUGAUUUCGGUAUCUCCAAGCGCAGUCCCAACCCAUACAACAACGACAUCACCAACAGUAUGCAAGGCAGUGUCUUCUGGAUGGCUCCCGAAGUCAUCCGAGCGCAAUCUCAAGGAAGCGCUUCAAACGGCAGCACCGAAUCCCAAGGUUACAGCGCCAAAGUAGACAUCUGGUCCCUCGGCUGUGUAGUACUUGAGAUGUUUGCCGGUCGCCGUCCGUGGAGCAAAGAAGAAGCCAUCGGCGCGAUCUUCAAGCUCGGCAGUCUCAACCAAGCCCCACCAAUCCCUGAAGACGUCAGCAGCGUUGUCGGUCCUGCUGCUCUGAGUUUCAUGUAUGAUUGCUUCACUAUCGACCCGGCCGAUAGACCUACCGCUGAGACGUUACUCCGCGCACCUUUCUGCUUCCACGACCCACAUUACAACUUCUUCGACACCGAAUUGUAUGCCAAGAUUCAGGGGGCAUUUGGCCCUUGA